AUGGAUGCUCAGUGUGGAUGCUCCCUCAACCAUGUGUAUCUCGCUAUUGACGGAGGAGCGACGUAUACGGCAUUUGCUACAACGACUCGGCGCAUUUGCAACCUACACAACAAGCACGAGAUCAAGGCCCAGGACGACGGGUUCAAGGUCCCUUCUGUUCUCUACCGAAACCCAUCCACCGGAGACAUCCAAUACCUGAAGCCAGAGACCGGCGACCCUAACGCUUUGGUGGAUGAGCUGAGAUAUUUCAAGUUCUCCCUUAUGCAGUCCGAGGAUUGGAGACGCGGCCUUGGUGAUGCGGCAGUGCGUGACCUGAUCGAAACCACCAUUGACAACUUCCAGACGCGCAUGUCAACCUCUGACAUCACUGCUGUUGCCCUCAGGGCCACAUAUCCACACGGAUGGGACAGCCCCCCCGGCGAGCCUCGACGGCGUUUGGAAAAGGCCGUCGAGAUCUCUGGCCUAGCUAAACUCGCACAUACUGUCCGUUACUGCACGGAGCAUGAAGCUGCGGUGCAAGCUGUUCUUCAUGACCAUCGUGCUGAACUACAGGCUCAGCUUCAGGACGCUGCCGUGUACGAGCUUAAAGCCUCCGACUGGGUAGGCCAGUAUCUUGUCAAGACCUGUGUCAUGACGGGCUCGAUGGCCAUGGAUCUUGCCUUUCGCAGGCUCACUGACCGCAAAAUGAGGGAUGUCUACGCAACCCUCCCUCUUGCUAUCGAUGAUCCCGUCGCUCGGAAGUACCAGAGGGCAAUCUUGACUGAAUGGGAAGAGAUCAAGUUUUCCUUUGACUCGUCUCGGCUCUCGGGAGGUAGUCACAGCUUUCGAGUUUUCCACCCUUCUGAUCUCCCGCAGGCAGGUGCGGGACCCACUAGCUUCGAGGAGAGAAGCAUAGGGGUUCAUCGAGAUGAAUUCAUCUCGAUUUUUGCAGCCGCGGCUAAGGCUGUGGCAGAGGUCAUCGUCGACCUCCACCGCCACCCUGGAAGCAAGCAUCCCAAGUUCGUGUUCCUUACUGGAGGUUUGGCCGCCAACAUAGAUAUCUGUGAGCGUGUCAAGGACCUGGUGAAGAUGAGGUUGGGCGCGGAUGGCCCCAUCAUCUGCUGUGAUCCAGAUAAAUCCUGGACAACCGUCGCCCGAGGCGCUGCCAUGGACGGCUUGGUCAUCCCAGAAGACCGGCAACACAAGGGAGAGUGA